AAUCCUCUGCAGCGUGAGGGGUUUGCGAGAGCAAAACGUUGAUAUUCGCGGCGUGGAACGGAAGGGCUUUGUGUAGUCUGCUGUUGGACAUCUGCCGAUAAGAAAGCAAGACCAGGCAAGGUGAAGUUUGUUGUGAGUGGUCCAUGGCCUAACUGGGCUUAAACCUCUGCCUCUGGGAAGCCAAAUUGCGAGAGGAGGGGAUACGAUGAAUACUUCCCUCUUUUGCAAGGGAGCGAGAUCCCCGUCAGGCCUGGUUUGGGCUUUCCUCACACCAAAAAUGCCCCUGGGUCUCUCUUGCUUUCAGAAGCUGAGCUGUACUUAGUGCUGUCGGAGGAGGCGGCCUGCGGGGAACAGCAGUUCUCCCCAAGAAACACUAGAGCCCCUGCAAUUAGGCGACAUUAACAAUGCGACAGCUACUUCUGUAUGCUCGUUAGGUCACUUAUUUAAUAAUAAUUAGCUGUCUGGUUGUAUAAGGCUGCAAAGCGGUCGUACGGCGCUUAGCAGAUAUUAGUGGUCUUGGACUUUGCUGGGAGUGGGAAGCAUUGUGAUCCACACUUUAUAGAGAUGGGAUGCUGUUCUCCACAGUGCCAAAGUCUCAGGCUCCUUAAGUGCUUUUGAGAACUGGUAAGACUUUGAGCUGAUCUAUACAGGACAGUUAGCAGGGCUCAAGGCGUGACUUUCAGGGGAAACGGCUCUUUCCAGGCCCAUCCUCAAAACCUGCUUAACUACAAGAGAUCCCGCACGCCCAUGCACACGCACAUAUGCAGGGGGGACAGUUGAGAAGCAGAGCAAAAACUAUCUUAAAUGUUAUCCCUGAGUUCCUGAGUGCUCUGGUCACUCUGGAAAGUGAGACUUAGGUGUGUUACAGCGUCUGCCUGGCUGACUUGGAAACCUCUGCGUACCCUGGCGUAAGCUGGACAGAGAGAUCUGCUGGUGAGCCAAGACACCAGAGUCCUAGACUCUGUGCUUGCAGGCAUACUUUUCUUUUUUUACAUAAGCUCUGAACAGGUAUCUUUGGCAGGUUUGCUUUUAAAAAUCUACUAACCUUCAAUGCUCCAGGUUUUUAGAGUAUCGGACUCGGACAUUAGUCAGGGAGCUGCGUUUUUUUAAGCAGUGAGUGUCUUGCAAAUCAGGCUUCUUUAAGCCGUGCCUGCAGGAGCAUCCAGAAACAGAACACAUUAAAAUCAGCAGUAGUUGCUUGUGAAAUUUUCUUUUUUCUGUUUUUCGUGAGUUUCCUCUCAGCUAAGCCAUCAGGAUAUGUUGCAGACUAGAAGCAGGAUGCAAUGAAUGCUGUCAGCGCUGGCCGAGGUCGGCAGAAGAACAUCACCGAUUACUUCAAGAUCUCUCAGACACAGCAAGUAGGUGCAGGCAGGACAAAGAGCCGUGAAAUCAAAGAAGAGCUACCAGAUUCGAUCUUCACUGAAGUUGAUGCAUCCUUCAGCAGCAUGGAGGAUCUCUGCUCCUUUCUAGAGGAUGAAGAUGUUGCACCAGCUCCCAGGGAAAACCCCCCCUCCAGAAAACGGACGCUGUCCACCACAGUUGCAGGCAGCCACGACACAAAGUACAGUCUGUGGGGCAAGCCUGAGAAGAAGCCACUGGUGGUUCAUGCAGCACACAGCCGAAUCAAGCAAGAGCACCACCCAAUCAAGCAAGAGCACAGCCGAAUCAAGAAGGAACUUGAUGAUAUGGAAAUCGAACCAAUUCCUGAUGCACGCUAUGGACUCCUGGGCACUCGGAACUGGGAUGAGCCUCAAGGAAGCAUUGAUAAGCUGCCCACCGAAAUCCUGAGGAGCAUCUUUGCUCUCCUCCCUGUGACUGACCUGUAUCAGAGCCUGAGCCUGGUGUGUCACUCCUGGAGGCAGAUUGUCAGUGAUCCACUGUUCAUCCCUUGGAAAAAGCUGUACCAUCGAUAUGUAAUGAAGGAGGACGCAGCCCUGCACAGCAUUGGACAGCUCUUGGAGAAUUACGCCAUAACAAAGGAGCAGGAAGGAUGUAUGGUGGGGCUGAUCAGGUGCGUGUCUGCCAUACACACCAGCCAGAAGGUAGAUCCCAGUGCGGUUCUCCAGUGUCUGAAGAGUCACCACCUCUUUCCGAAAGCUGUAAUCUGCAUCGCCAACAAACUGCCGCAUUUACAGAGCAGUACGGGGCCUGAGAACAUGUGGGCGAUAGUCGCAGCCAUGGUGCUUUUCUCUGACGGCGUCCGUGACAUCCAGAAGCUGAUGGCGCGUCUGUGGAGACCGAGCUCUACCCUCUCCGCUGUGGACGUGACCGAGACGCUUUACUGCAUAGCCACGCUGCUGUAUGCGAUGAGAGAGAGGGAUGUUGCCAUCACUAACAGGAUUCAUUACAAUGUUUUCUACUGUUUGUAUCUGAUGGAAAAUGAUUCUGUAACUACAGAGACAGUAGAAGAGGAAACAUCUGCUUCACGCUACAGACAAGAUCUCUGGUCCGGAAAUUGGCCUGAAAUAAAGCUGACACAUGAACAGCAAAGGAUUUUGAAUCACAAAAUUGAGCGUGGUCAAAUAGUGAAAAUUAUGGCAUUUGCAGGUACAGGAAAGACCUCAACUUUGAUCAAGUAUGCGGAGAAGUUUGCUAACCUCAACUUCCUUUAUGUGACAUUUAACAAAGCUGUUGCAGAGAGAGGAAAACGUGUCUUUCCCCAAAACGUCACGUGCAAGACUUUCCAUUCGCUAGCAUUUGGAAGCGUCGGCAAACUCUAUAAAGAAAAAGGCAAGCUAAACUUCUCCAAGCUGUCAGCUUACUCAGUGAGUUUCCUUCUCCAGAAUCGCAAAGGACAAUCUCUGUUCGUAAGAGGCAAAACAGUCACACAGACCCUUGAAAACUUUUUUGCCUCUUCAGAUGAAGAGAUCUCUGAAGAGCACACUCCUAUUUGGUUCAAAAAUACGCAUGGCAUGAGGGAUGCUGUUAGCCAAGAAGAAAAGAAAAUCAAUGUUCAAGAGGCAAAAGAGAUAUGGCACAAUAUGAAGAAGCUGGAUGGAGACGUAGAGAAGAAUUACAAGAUAACAUGUGAUGGAUAUUUGAAACUUUGGCAGCUCAGCAAGCCUCAGCUCACAGGAUACGAUGCCAUUUUUGUCGAUGAAGCACAGGAUUGCACUCCAGCCAUUGUGGACAUCGUGCUGUCACAGCCGUGCGGCGUAAUCCUUGUAGGAGACCCUCACCAGCAGAUCUAUACCUUCCGAGGGGCUGUCAAUACCCUCUACACAGUGCCUCACACCCAUGUUUACUAUCUCACCCAGAGUUUCAGAUUUGGUCCUGAAAUAGCUUAUGUCGGAGCAACCAUUCUGGAUGUCUGCAAAAGAAUCAGGAAUAAGACGUUGGUGGGUGGAAACCAAGAAGGUGAUGUGAGAGGCAGCAUGGAAGGGAAGAUAACAGUCUUAUCACGAAGCAAUUUUAAUGUAUUCGAGGAUGCUGUGAGACUUACUGGUAGAGAGAGACCAAUAAAAAUACAUGUAAUCGGGGGGCUUGCCCGUUUCGGACUGAGCAAAAUUCAUGAUAUUUGGAAGCUCUCUCAACCGGCAGACGAACGGGAAAAAUCAAACCUUGUUAUAAAUGACCCCUUUAUCAAAAGAUGGGAAGAGACUCAGGGCUUCAUUGGUUUAAAGGAAUAUGCAGAGCACAUUGAUGACAAAGAACUGGAAGUGAAGAUUGCAAUAGUGGAGAAAUACAAAGAGCGGAUCCCUGAGCUGGUGCAGAAGAUUGAGAGCAGCCAUGUGUCAGGAGAAGCUUUGGCAGAUUACCUAAUAGGUACUGUCCACCAAGCUAAAGGCCUGGAGUUUGACACCGUGCUGCUUGCAGAUGACUUUGUGAACGUACCGUGUAUCACUGGCAAUCAGCAGAGGAUAUCUCGCUUCAAUAUUGGUAUGUAUCCUGAGGAUGAAUGGAACCUGCUAUAUGUUGCAGUGACGCGUGCAAAGAAGUGUUUGCUAAUGUCAAAGUCCCUAGAACACAUUUUAGCAUUGGCUAGGGAGUACUUCCUUCGGGUGGAGCUGAUGAGCGAGGCUGUGAAGGAGGGGAGAGCAGUCACUUGUUCUCUGUCACACUGUCAAAAAACGCUGCAAUCCAGCUCCGGACUAGCUGUGAAGAAACUACCUUUGACUCACAGCAACGGCAGCAGGGAUGAAGGCGGCUACCUCUGCUAUACUUGCGCACAACAGCGUCUUGGCUCCAUGACCCCGCUGAUCUUUAUCCCAGCACCUUAGGAAGAGUUUGUCGUACUCUAACAAAGCCUUCCAGCUACUGAGGGUCCUUGCUGUGCCCCAGCACCAUCCUGGGUGCGGGACGAGGCCUGUUGUCACGUCCAGGCUCUGCCUCCACGAUCAGGUGGCACCUCCGCCGGUGGGUAUUGGAGCAGGAUUACAGACCGGCUCCGAGAGGAACCUUCCAGGCUCUCUUCAGGGAGGCACGGGAGCUUUUCCAUAGCCCUGCCUUGCCAUCCAGGACCUUGCUGGCAUGGCCUGCAUCAGUGCACUAACAAAAUUGUCAAUUAUUAGCUGCUUGGCACAGGACUGCUGCUUUUUUGAGCAUUAACCUUCCAUUCCCUCCCUCACCUGGGCACCAUCUCCAGCAACCAAACUGCGAGGAUUUCUCUGCCUUUUCUGUCAAGUCAUGCCUUGGUGAAAUCUCUUUCAUCCAAUGAAGAAGAGGAAUUGAAACACCAGAAAGUACACCCAAAAGCCCAUUUUAUUCCUAGAAGAAAGAACUUAUGUUCCUGGAAGUUGUUUUUAUUGGGAAAACUUCACUGUCAGCCCUGCACGAGAGAGAAAGAAGGAUGUCCCAAUUGCUCUGGGCCAAAUUAAGGUCAUGUUCUUGCUUGGAGCCAGGGAAUUUCCCCAGACUCUGGCUCUCCUCCCUCUGCAGCAGAUCUCAGGGAUGCGAGGCCUUGCCAGAAUCAUGCUUUGGCCUGCUUCCAGCCCAGGCAAACCUAAGAGUGUUUUUUAAUGCCAACA